UCCAAAUCCUUGCUAAAACAGGUUAGGCGAAUUUGAUUUUUAAUUAGGUUAAGCAUAAGCGUAACGCCCAAAAAGCCCUACCCGACUCUGUCUCUUCUUGUACUUUGUUUGUCUUUCCUUUUUCCACCACCUGGUCCAAUGUCUCUCUUCUUACCAUCUCUGCUGUCUUAAAAUAAAACGAGACAGGAACUGAAGAAGCAAGAUUUUCAGAAUAAUUCUUACUACGUUCAGGUUCCUAGUUUAAAGCCAACAUGGGUUUUAAUGGCUUUGUUGAAGGCGGUAUAGCUUCCGUCGUAGCCGGCUGUUCAACUCACCCGCUCGACCUCAUCAAAGUCCGCAUGCAACUUCAAGGCGAAACAACGACCUUCUCUCACCAUCUUCGCCCAACUACGGCUAAUUCCCUUCAUCUUUCUCCUCCUUCGCGUGUGGGCCCCAUCUCUCUCGCCCUCCGCAUUGUUAACUCCGAAGGCCUUCCCGCUCUCUUCUAUGGCGUCUCAGCCACUGUCCUCCGCCAAUCCCUCUACUCCACCACCUCCAUGGGCCUUUACGAUCUGUUCAAGCAACGUUGGACCGACCCUGAGACCAAAACCAUGCCCUUGACAAAGAAGAUCGCUGCCGGGCUUAUCGCCGGAGGAAUCGGAGCGGCGGUCGGUAAUCCAGCUGACGUGGCAAUGGUUCGCAUACAAGCCGAUGGAAGACUUCCACAAGCGCAACGCCGCAAUUACAAGAGCGUUUUCGAUGCCAUUACGCAGAUUUCGAAGCAAGAAGGCGUGGCUAGCCUGUGGCGAGGCUCAUCCCUCACGGUGAACCGCGCGAUGAUUGUGACAACGUCACAGUUGGCAACUUACGAUCAGAUCAAGGAAGCCAUAAUACAGAAGGGAGUCAUGGAAGACGGGAUAUGGACACACUUGGCGGCGAGCUUCGCGGCGGGGGUUGUGGCAGCAAUUGCGUCGAACCCGGUGGACGUCAUAAAGACGAGGGUGAUGAACAUGAAGGUGGAGGCUGGUAGGCUUCCACUUUACAAUGGGGCGGUUGAUUGUUUAAUGAAGACGGUGAGAAGGGAAGGGUUUAGGGCGCUUUAUAAAGGAUUUUUGCCCACGGUUUCUAGGCAAGGGCCGUUUACGGUGGUUUUGUUUGUGACAUUGGAGCAAGUGAGGAAGCUGCUUAAGGAAUUUCGAUCAAUUGAUUAAAGAUUGCUGGUGACUACAAUGGAAAUGUUAGGUUUAUUUGAUAAAAAUUGUGUUUUACUAAAUUUUCCGAUUGAAAAUGAAGAUUAAUAUAAUUUAUUGUUUUAAAACAUUAUCGAAGGUAAAGUUUGGUGGUUAAGGUUAAAGCUCCAACUUUAUGGGAAUCGAGUGUUGUCCUAAUAUUUAUAUCCAUAAAAAAUUUUCUGGCCUUGAGUUCUCAGCUUUGGCCUACGGCAAAGACACUUGAUAAUGGGUUCUCAGUUUGAGGCAGUUGCCUACGCAUAUUCACCAUUCUCUUGGUAAUGUGGUAGGCACGCAAUGAAGCACGAUGUGUGGCCGGGGCCCUAAGACUAGGACCAUGGAUAUGAUUAUCUAAGACUA